GCAUGGUUUAAAUAUAUUCACAACCAUUUUUAUAAAAUGCAUGGUCCUACCAAGGGUCCCUUGGCCAAUUAGUGUCCUGCUCAAUAAUUUGAGCAUGUUGUAAACACCUCCAUAAAUUUCCAAAUCUAGAAUUCAAUUCAUUCACAUACUUAGAAAAUAAAUAAAUAAAUAAAUAAAAACUCUCUUUCCUAUAUAUAUUCUCUUCUUAUAUGAGCUUUUUAUCCAUAUAUAAACCUGCAGCAAUUCUAUGUUUCUAAACCAUUUUAUAAAAUGCAUGGUUUAAAUAUAUUCUAUCUUGUUUUUAUUUUCUUAAUUACCAACCCACUUUCACAUUGAAAACCCUAAUCCAACACCAACCAUUUUCCCUUGCUUCCCAAAUUCAUUCCAUUUUUCUGCCACUAAUCCAUUCUCUGCUACUCUUUAGAAGCCAUGUCUAGUGUUUCUUAUGGCCUGGAGAUGACCGAGUCUUCAGCCGAUAAGCCAAUCACCAUUAACAUUCCUAGAAAGAGAUGGCGCAUGGCUGUAAUUACCAUCUACUGUCACAGAGCUUUCCUCUCUCUUCUUACUGCUUCAAAAGCCAAGAAAUCCAAAGUUUCAUGCUCUCCCUCAACCAACAAUGUCAUUUUCCAACAGAAUGGUGGAUUUAAGAUUGACCAAAAGAGCCUCGCCGACCUCGUGAAGGACAAAAAUAGAGACCGGCUUCAAGAGUUUAAUGGGGUUGAAGGAAUAGUGUUUUCUCUCGAAACUGACAAUAAGCUUGGGAUUCACGGUGAUAGAGAAGAAAUUGCUCGUAGACUUGAAGCAUUCGGUUCAAACACUUAUAAGAAAGCGCCAAAGAAAAGCUUCUUUUACUUUGUCUGGGAACCUUUAGUGGAUCCUACUUUACUCAUCCUUAUAGGGUGCGCUGCACUAUCUCUUGGAUUUGGUAUAAAAGAACAUGGACUGAAAGAAGGAUGGUAUGAAGGAGGAAGCAUUUGUGUUGCUGUUUUUCUAAUCAUUACCAUCUCAGCCUUUAGUAAUUACAGGCAAAGCAAAGAGUUUGAUAAAAUAUCCCAAGCCAUUGACAACAUCGAAAUUGAUGUUGUGAGAGAUGGUCGACAGCAAAAAGUUUCGAUCUUCGAAAUUGUAGUUGGAGAUGUGAUAUGCUUGAAGAUUGGAGACCAAGUUCCUGCAGAUGGAUUGUUCUUAGAGGGGUAUUCAUUGCAAGUAGAUGAAUCCAGCAUGACAGGGGAGAGUGAUCAUGUGGAAAUUGAUAGCAAAAACCCUUUUUUGUUCUCUGGAACCAAGGUUGUUGAUGGAUAUGCUCGAAUGGUCAUCACGUCCAUCGGCAUGAACACGACAUGGGGAGAAAUGAUGAGCUCAAUACGCCGCGAGAACAACGAUGAGCAGACCCCUUUGCAACGAAGGCUUAGUAAAUUGACCCCACUGCUUGGUGUGAUUGGCUUGGUAAUAGCUCUUCUUGUUUUACUCGUCUUGUUGGUUCAUUACUUUACUGGUACCACGAAGGAUGAGCAUGGAAACCGGGAGUUCAAUGGCAGAAAGACAGAGAUUGAUGCUGUGGUGAAUUCCAUUCUGAGGAUGGUUGCAGCUGCUGUACUCAUUCUUGUAAUUGCCAUACCAGAAGGUGUGCCAUUGGCUGUCACUUUGAGUCUUGCCUUUUCAAUGAAGAAGAUGAUGGCAGAUCAUGCAUUGGUGCGCAAACUGUCUGCUUGUGAGACUAUGGGCUCUGUCACCACCAUCUGUACAGACAAAACAGGCACGCUUACUUUGAACCAGAUGAAGGUGACCAAGUUUUGGCUAGGCCAAGAAUCCAUGGCCGAGGGCUCUUACUCAUUGAUGGCUGCAAAUGUUCUUGAUUUGAUCAGAGAAGGAGUUGCCCUAAACACAACAGGAAGUGUUUACAAAUCCACUUCCGGAUUCGAAUUCGAGUUCUCAGGCAGUCCCACUGAAAAAGCUAUCCUCUCAUGGGCAGUUCAGGGGCUGAAAAUGGAUAUGGAAGGCGUGAAACAGAGCUGUACCAUUCAACAUGUAGAAGCUUUCAAUUCAGAGAAGAAAAGAAGUGGGAUUUUGAUGAGAAGGAAAAUAGACAAUACAAUGAAUGUGCAUUGGAAAGGAGCAGCUGAGAUAAUCCUAGCAAUGUGCUCAAGUUAUUAUGAUGUUUCCGGAUCUAUACAAGAGCUGAACGAUGAUGAGCAAAGGAUGAAAUUCGAGAAAAUUAUCCAAGGCAUGGCAGCAAGUGGACUUCGCUGCAUAGCGUUUGCACACAAACAAGUUCAUGACAGUGAGAAUGAAGAUGAAAAUGAAAAUAAAAGGCUAAAAGAAGACAGUUUGAUCCUAUUAGGACUUGUGGGUCUAAAGGAUCCAUGUAGGCCAGGGGUGAGAAAAGCUGUGGAAGAUUGCCAAUAUGCUAAAGUGAAGAUCAAAAUGAUCACCGGCGACAACAUUUUCACUGCUAAAGCUAUAGCCACAGAGUGUGGAAUUCUCAGGCCUGAUCAGGAACUGCUCGGUGAAGCAGUGAUAGAAGGAGCAGAGUUUCGAAAUUAUACCCCAGAAGAGAGAAUGGAGAAAGUAGAUAACAUAUGUGUAAUGGCAAGAUCCUCCCCCUUUGAUAAACUCCUAAUGGUUCAAUGCUUGAAACAAAAAGGCCAUGUAGUCGCAGUUACUGGUGAUGGAACAAAUGAUGCACCGGCAAUUAAGGAAGCUCAUAUAGGACUUUCUCUGGGGAUUCAAGGUACUGAAGUGGCCAAGGAGAGCUCAGAUAUUGUCAUCCUAGAUGACAAUUUUGCAACGGUGGCAACAGUUUUAUGGUGGGGAAGAUGUGUUUAUAACAAUAUUCAGAAGUUCAUUCAGUUCCAACUCACUAUAAAUGUUGCUACACUUGCAGUCAACCUUGUAGCAGCGGUUACGGCUGGUCAAGUUCCUUUAACAGCAGUUCAGUUAUUAUGGGUGAAUCUGAUCAUGGACACAAUGGCUGCAUUGGCUCUCGCCACAGACAAGCCCACAAAAGAGCUCAUGGACAAGCCACCAGUCGGUCUAGCUGAGCCUGUCAUUACCAACAUCAUGUGGAGGAACAUCUUGGUUCAAGCAUUUUACCAAAUAGCUGUUGUUUUGGCAUUGCAGUUCAAGGGAAAAUCAAUGUUUGGAGUCGAUGAAAAGGUAAAUGAUACCAUGAUCUUCAAUACUUUUGUUCUUUGCCAAGUCUUCAAUGAGUUCAACUCAAGGAAGCUUGAGAAGAAGAAUGUGCUGGAAGGGUUUCACAGGAACAAGUUGUUUCUGGGUAUCAUUGCAAUAACCAUUGUUCUUCAGGUGGUGAUGGUGGAAUUUCUGAAUAAUUUUGCUAAUACAGAGAGGUUAAAUUGGGGUCAAUGGGGUACAUGCUUUGGAAUUGCGGCCAUUUCUUGGAUAAUCUGCUGGGUUGUCAAGUGGAUACCUGUGCCAGAAAAACCAGUUCUUAAGCAUCUUUAUAUAUAGGCCAAAAAAUGAAACACAUUCAUAAAUUCAGAUGUGGAUCUUUGGUAUGAGUAGAACAAUCUCUAAUUCACCGAAAAAAACGUUGAUCAAUCCCUAAACAUAAUGUAUCUAGCUUAUAUUACCUUCUUGCAAAUGAAUCAUGUUAUUCUGUUA